GAGGAGGAGGAGGCCGCCGCGGUUGCGGCGGUGCUCCGUGUUGAAGGCGAGGGACGCUUGAGUUGGGGAAACCGAAGGAGGGGGGGGGGGAGGAAGCGCCAGUGCGCGCGCCCGGGCGCCAGGCGUCUGUGAGGGGAGAAGUGGAGCGGCGGGCCGCGGGAGGUGGCGGCGGCGGAGUGAGUGAGAGAGCGGCGGCGGCCCCCGCGUCCCCCGCGCCUCUAUGGGGAAAGCAGACAAUGGAUUAUGACUUUAAGGCGAAGCUGGCGGCGGAGCGGGAACGGGUGGAGGAUCUGUUUGAAUACGAGGGCUGUAAAGUGGGACGCGGCACCUACGGUCACGUCUACAAGGCGAGGCGGAAAGAUGGAAAAGAUGAAAAGGAAUAUGCAUUGAAGCAAAUUGAAGGCACAGGAAUAUCCAUGUCGGCUUGUAGAGAGAUUGCACUUUUGCGGGAAUUGAAGCACCCUAAUGUGAUUGCGUUACAAAAAGUGUUCCUUUCUCAUAGUGAUAGAAAGGUUUGGCUGCUAUUUGAUUAUGCAGAACAUGAUUUAUGGCAUAUUAUUAAGUUUCACCGGGCCUCAAAAGCAAAUAAAAAGCCGAUGCAGUUACCAAGAUCGAUGGUUAAAUCACUGCUUUACCAGAUUCUUGAUGGAAUCCAUUACCUCCAUGCAAACUGGGUGCUUCACAGAGACUUGAAACCAGCAAAUAUCCUAGUAAUGGGAGAAGGCCCAGAAAGGGGGAGAGUCAAAAUAGCUGACAUGGGUUUUGCCAGAUUAUUCAAUUCUCCCUUAAAACCCUUAGCAGACUUGGAUCCAGUAGUAGUGACAUUUUGGUAUCGAGCUCCAGAACUGUUGCUUGGUGCAAGGCAUUAUACAAAGGCCAUUGAUAUAUGGGCAAUCGGUUGCAUAUUUGCUGAACUAUUGACUUCAGAACCUAUUUUUCAUUGUCGUCAAGAAGAUAUCAAAACAAGCAAUCCUUUUCAUCAUGAUCAACUAGAUCGUAUUUUUAGUGUCAUGGGAUUCCCAGCAGAUAAAGAUUGGGAAGAUAUUAGAAAAAUGCCAGAAUAUCCCACACUUCAAAAAGACUUCAGAAGAACAACGUAUGCCAAUAGUAGCCUCAUAAAAUAUAUGGAAAAACACAAAGUGAAGCCUGACAGCAAAGUUUUCCUUUUGCUUCAGAAACUUCUUACAAUGGAUCCCACAAAGAGAAUUACCUCAGAACAAGCUUUGCAGGAUCCCUAUUUCCAAGAGGACCCUCUGCCUACAUCAGAUGUAUUUGCUGGCUGUCAGAUUCCAUAUCCCAAACGAGAAUUUCUUAAUGAGGAUGAGCCUGAAGAAAAAGGAGACAAGAAUCAACAGCAGCAGAAUCAACAUCAGCAACAAACAGCACCUCAGCAGCCACAGCAGGCAGCGCCACCACCACCACAGCAGCAGCAGCAGCAACAGCAGCAACAGCAAAACAGCACUCAGACAAAUGGAACGGGAGCAGGAGCAGGAGCAGGGGGUACUGGGGCAGGGCUCCAGCACAGUCAGGACUCAGGCCUUAAUCCAGUGCCUCCAAAUAAGAAACCACGGCUAGGACCUUCAGGCACUAACUCAGGCGGGCCUGUCAUGCCUUCUGAAUAUCAGCACUCCAGUUCACGCCUGAGUUACCAAAGCAAUGUUCAGGGAUCCUCUCAGUCCCAGAGUACCAUGGGCUAUUCCUCCUCAUCUCAGCAGAGCUCCCAGUACCAUCCAACUCAUCAGGGUCACCGGUACUGAGGAGCCCAGCAGAUUCCCCUCAGCAUGGAAUGAAUGAACCAAAAGUCAAAGGCUCUAGCAAUAUGAAGGUCACAGUGAGAAGAACCAAAAAUGCCAACUGUGAUACCGAUUGAAGAUUCUUAAGUUUAUGAGAAGAACCUUAUGAUUGAGUAUUUUCCAGUGGACUUAUCAUCCUUCUUUAUUAGCUUAAAGAAGGUCCUUGUGAAGUUUCCCAGCUCCUUUCCCCAUGCAUGUGUUCCAUUGUGGUUACUCUGAUAAAACGUCUGAUCUAAACCCAGCACUUAACUUUUCUAACCUUCAGUAUUGUUUUGAAGGAUUCUUGGUGCACCUUUCUCAUGCUGUAGCAAUUGUCAUGAUUUAAUCUUUUCAAAGCUCUUUAAUAGAAUUUUAAUGUUUUAGAUUGGAAUUUCAGCUGUAUAUAGUUUUAUACUAAGCAUAUUGGUUCAGCAACACAGAUGAAAUGCACCUUUUUAAAGCACUACGUUGUUUUCACAGGAUGUUACUGUUUUGCUCAUGGAUGUCACAAACAGAACAUUUUAACUAUUCCAGAGUAUUUACUGAUUGUUUUUAUUAGUCUAGUUUUCAGGGAAGGUAUGUUAAAGGGAGGGGGGAGUGGAGAACCCACAACAGAAAAACAUUCUAGGUCCAUACAAUUAAUAUUUUCAUGCUAGUGAACUGAAUACCAAUUAAGGGAUUGUGAUUGAUAUGAUAAUCAUCCAUAGGGAGCACCAUUUUAAGAAUCAUUGUCGUGUUUCACAUGAUUUUCAGUAAUUAAGUUUUAUGGUUUUAAUAUUUUUCUAGGGCAUCCUUUAAUAUAGCUAAGACCACCUUAGUUAAGGUUUCAGAACUUUGGUGAAAUGUUGUCCUCUGGCCAUUCACACCAGCAGGCAAGAAAAGCAUUUUAACUACCUUAGACUUUGAUUAGAAAGGAGUGAAUGUUGAUUAAAGAGUUCAUUACAUAACCUUUCAAAGGAAAAUUUUUCAUGCAUAUUGUAUAUAGAGUUGGCUUCUCUAAAGAUUUAUCCCUCUUUUCAAUUUUGGCAGCUUGCAUAAAUAGCUUAAAUAAUUAAAGUUAAUCAAAUAGAAGCUCACAAGCUAAUCUUUUAAAAUACAAAUUUGAUGAUUCCCAUCACUUUGCAUUAAAUAUAAAGUAACUAUUUCAAAAGCAUGUUAAAACAUCUAGAUUUUUUCAUAUUUAAGAUAAGUAUUAUGUAUACAUAAUAUUGCUAUUGUUGAUGCAACUUUCUAUUAAGAGGCUUUACAUUGCACUGAAAUAUUUCUUUUGCCCUAGAAGAAAACUUUAUGAAUGUGCCUAAAAUCUAUAGGCAGAUAAUUGUAAGAAUAUAAUAGCUAUCAUGAAUAUUCCAGUUACCAUAAUCCUCAAAUCAUCAUUGUCUAGUUGUAGGAGCGCCUGCUCAAAAGAAAAGUAAUGAUUUGGGGUAGGUAAUUUUUUUUUUUUAGUGUUUAUAAAGUAAUAUAAAAAUGGACAACUCUUAUCACAGUAGAAGAAAGAAAAUAUCUGGGUUCUUCAGAGUGCUUUUAACCAUGGAAGUGGCUACCAGCCUUAUUUCGCAAAUUGUUUUCCAGAAUUAGAAAUAACCUUUAUUUAUUAUGUACAAUUUUUUACUAUUUGUGAACUCAUCUACCUGAUUUUGAUAAUCUAGGUCUAGACUCAAAUAAAAUAAAACUUUAGAGAGAAUCCAAUAUACAUUUUGCACUAAUAAUGUAUUGUUUUGGCUUGCAGAAGGUCUUACUUCUCUCAGCAUAAGGUUUAUAAUUAAUAAUUAACCAUUCAUAAAAACUAUGAAGACUAAUUAUAGACCAGGCCACAGGCUGCAUUCAAAGAAAUUUUUUGUUCUUCAUAAUUUUUCCCCCUUUCAUUCUUUUUGUGAGAAAGCAGCUAAGAGCCGGUGUCUAGUACAGUGCCUUGCACAUAGUAGGUAUUCAGUAAGUGCAUGUUGAAUUAAAUCAUUAUAGUCAUGCCAACAUUAUAAGUUUAUCAUAUACACUAAAUCACAAUAUAAAACUGUCAGUUAAGUAAUUAUUGAGCACAUACUAUGUGCCUAGUGUUGGACUAGAUACCCUUUAAAAUGCAGAACCCUGGUCCAGGUCCUAAAGGGGCUUAUAUUCUAGUUGGGGAAAUAAAACUAAGGUGUCCUUUGUGGUGAAGAGUUCCACAUCUUGUAGAUGAUUGCCUUAUAGAUAGGCUAUGGCAAGAUCAUUAGGUGUUAAUAAACCCAUUAAAGAUGGGUUCUUAUUUCAGUUUCUGAUCCUGUAAGCAAGCAGUGUUCUAUUAGAGAGGUUUCACUGUGAAUCCAACUUCAGAAGAGAGAAAGCACCAAAGUAAAUGCAAUGAAAGCAAAUUAAAUUUUAUUUGGGAUGCUAAUAAAAGUCUCAAUAUACUCUAUUUGGCCCAAGCUAAACUAAGUGCUUUAGGAAUUUAGAAGGAAAGUAUUCCUGUUCUAAAGGAGAGAUUACUUUUUUGGGGGGUGGUGGUAGUGUGGUGGUGAUAAGAAUAGGUGGAGAGAGAGACAAAGAAAAAGCAAAAGAAAAGGCCAAAAUGUCAUGCUCUUUAGUGCUUGAGACAUUUGCAGACAUUUCACAGUACUAUGUAUGCCAUGAGUUUUAUAGACUGGUAUUGAAUUUUAUUAGAGCCUAUUAGUUUUUGGCAUUAGGAUUUUUUGGUUUGGUCAGCACACUCAUUCUCACCUUGUUUUAGAACAAUUUUACUUUUGUUUUAAUUUAUUUUAUUUCACUUCAAAGGGGAGAAUUUGAAAACAUUGCAUUUUUACAUUUCAAUUUUCCUAUACCCAAAUGAACAUAACUUCAUCUGAAAUAAGAGAAAUAUUUUUUUCUGUAUGCUCAAAGGUAGAGUAUAUGGUGACCCCCAAACCAGGGUAUUUAAAAUUAAAACAGGAAAUGAAGUAAAAAUAGUCAUUGUUUUUUGGCAUGUUUGCUGCCAUUACUAUUGCAAAUCAUCUUAGAACAGCUUUCUCUCUGGUUUUUACAGUGAGAUGAAUGUAUAUCUAGAAGAAAGGUGUUCUAGAAUUUUAAGGUAUAUAAGAGUAAAGAUUAGACUUCCUCAUGUCAGGGCUGAUAUAAUGAGGUUGGAAUUACCUUUAUAAAAAGAUAAAUAAUGCAGUAACUUGCAAAGACCAAGGACUAGUAAGUAUAUUUUUGUAUCUUGUGUGAUUUUUGAAAAAAUACUUAGUACUUGGAAUUUUGGCUUUCUGCAUAGCUUCUCUUUGCUCUCACAAAAGCAUUUCACAUUUUGCAGUUAAACAUAGGAAGUAACAUUUGCUUAUUUAUUUGUUUAUGGCCUGGUUCCUUUAGUAAAACAACAGAUCACUCCCUAUAAUGAUGUGAUUCUGUUGAAGGGAUUAAAAAAAAAAAGACAGAAAGGGGAAUCAGAUAAGCCACUUUGUCUACUUUGAGUAAGUGUAUGUAGCAAAAAACUAUACAAUGAAGGAAAAAUUUUAUGAAAAUUGCAAAUCCUGCCUGCACUAUAUCUGCAAUACUGUCUUCUUGAUGGGUGAAGAUUCAGAAAUAGCAUUCAGAAAAAGAGUCUCGAAGUAUUCAAAUACAUGUAACAUUUUAUAUAAAACAUAGCAGCUUAGGUUCCCUUUAUAAACUUCAGGAAUGGUCCACAAAUAUCAUUAAGCAAAGAUAAUUGUUAUAGGAUUAAAAAAAAAAUAAUGUAUUGUACAUAAGGCCAUACAUACUCUUUUAUGAUAUCACUACAAAGGAGUGAUAUGUAUUACUAUAUGGAAAAAAAAAUCCUUAAUGCACUGUUAUCUCUUAAAUAUUUAGUAAAUUAAUACUAUUUAAUUUUUUUAAAAGAUCUGUCUGUGUAGACACUAAAAGUAUUACACAAAAUGUGGACUGAAGAUGUCCUUUUUAAUAGCAAUUUAAAUAACUUUUUAUAUAUGUCAUGUAGUAUAUACUUUCCAAAUUGCUCUAGUUUGUAUUUUCCCAAUGUUUCCUAUUUGUGAAAGUGUGCCUGUCUGUUUCCUCUUUCAAUAAUAACAUGCACGCAUUCUUCAUUUUCUAAUUAUUACAUGGAGUACUAUAUAUGCUUUUCAUGCUGCCGCAAAGGUUUGCUACCCUACUCAUGUGGUAGCCAGACAGCUGUGCCCCUUCUGAUAGGGUGCAGGAAGAACCGCUUGCUUACUUUCGAGUUAAGAGUUUACUGCAUUUGAGUUGUCUUGACAUCAUUCUCGAAAUGACUGUUGAAACUAAAAUGAGUUAAUUACAUUUAUUUUAUAUUCUUGGUUGUAAUAAAAUUUAAUUGACUUUG